AUGGCCGAUGAGGAACAGAAACCUUUGACAUAUAUACCGGAAGUAAUAUUGAAGAAGAGGAAGAGCAAUGAACAGUGGGCUAUAAGAAGGAAACAGCAGUUGGAGCAGAGGGUUAGGAAGAUCAAGGGUGAUAAUUUUGUUAUUAAGAAGCCUGAGCAGUUUAUCAGAGAGUACCGUGACAAGGAAUUGGAUCUCAUCCAGAUGAAACACAGGGGAAAGCGGCAAAGAAGAUCAUUGGUGACACCAGAAUCCAAGCUCCUUUUCGUCAUUCGCAUACAAGGAAAAAAGGACAUGCACCCAAAAACAAGGAAGGUCUUGUAUUCUCUGCGGCUGAGAAGGAUCUUCAGUGGUGUCUUUCUGAAGGCAAAUGAAAGGAUAAUGGAAAUUUUGCAAAGAGUGGAACCAUAUAUUACAUUUGGAUAUCCUAAUCUCAAGAGUGUGAAGGAUCUGAUUUACAAGAAAGGUGCAGUGAAAGCUGAUAAGCAGAGAGUUCCUUUAACGGACAAUAAUAUCAUUGAAGAGGCACUGGGUCAGCAUGGCAUCGUCUGCAUAGAAGACAUCAUAAAUGAGGUUGCUAAUGUUGGUCCACAUUUUAAGGAGGUCAGUCGUUUUCUGUGUCCCUUCACUUUAAACAAGCCAGAGAAAGCAUUACAGGGUAAGAAAAGGCUAUUCAAGGAUGGAGGAGACACCGGAAAUCAUUCCUUUGGAAGGAUGUUCUUUACAGUUCAAGUCUUCAGUCCUGCAUUGAGACAGCUAAUGUAUAUUGAUGGGAAAGACUUUGCUGAAGACUACAGCCGGAAUACAUCUAGCACUAGCAUUCAAAAGUGUCGGACCCGAUCAAUUGAGUCAAGGAUGAGGGCUCGGGAUGGCUUUGCUGGAUUGGUGCUCAAUGGGUCCUGGAGUCGUGCACUGUGUCGGACAGAGCCAUCACUGGUUUCAGGCUGGUUUGGAUACAUAGAAUAUCUAUGUGCCAUUAUUGGUCUCUUCAUUGCACAGCUUCUUCAUUGUCUUCGGGCGGAGCAUCUGGAUUUAAUAAUGUAG